AUGACACCAUCCCUUCCUUGGAUGCCAACAACUCUGCCCCCCGCCACAGGAGUGGUGUCCCUCCGUGGUCCUGGGUGGGGAAUAGUAUAUGGAAUGAUCUGUGGUUGUGGAGUCUUGUGCAAUGGACUGGUACUAGCCGUACUUCUCAGCUGCAGGCACACCUUGGUGUCUGACCUGUAUGUGGUGAACCUGGCCUUGGCGGACCUCCUCUCUUUACUUGGGAUGCCUCUACUUAUCCAUCAGCUGCUCCAUGAUAGAGGCUGGGUCUUUGGAGAUAUUCUGUGUCGUGCUGUAACGGCCUUGGACCUGAACAACCAAAUCACCGGUGUGGGCAUUAUUACGGCUCUCUGCAUUGACAGAUAUGUGGCUGUGGUGCACUCCUCUACCAUGGGCCAACGACGGAGUGUGCGUUGUACGUGGAUCGUCACAGGCUGCGUCUGGCUGUGCUCACUUCUCCUCAGCACCCCUGCUCUCCUUUAUUCUGGAGUUAGAUGGGGGGAUGGCGUGGCCCUGUGUGUACUGGAUCUUCCUGGAGCACCACCGUCCCUUUACUGGUACACCCUGAUGCACAGCCUCCUGACAUUUCUACUGCCGUUGUCAGUCAUAGUGGUGUUGUACUCCCUCACCCUUCACCACCUUUCUAGGGUUAUGAAAAGAGUCCAAAGGGCUCCAUCUCAGCGCAGCCGGAGGGUCACACGCAUGGCCCUGGCUAUUGUGGCUGCUUUCCUCUUCUGCUGGGCUCCUUUCCAUGCAGUGCAGCUUGUUAAUCUGUUCUCCACUGGACCUCCUUCAAGCUCUACCUUCUACCUCAAUCAGGCAGCUAUUUGCCUAGGCUAUGCUCACAGCUGUGUCAGCCCUCUGUUGGUCAUCUGCUGUACCGAGGGCUUCCGAGAACGCCUACCGCAUGCACGAUGUUGCCGGUUCCUUUUCCGUCGCUGGGCUGGGUUCUGGCCCAUUUCAACCUUACCGCACAAUGGUCCAAGCUCUGCCAUCAACAGUCCGCCUAUAGACGGACUCUAUGCCCCUCAGCAGCGCCGGAGGACUAUACACCUGCAGACCCCCCCAUGUUCUAUCACUGAAAACACCAGGAUCAGUCUGGGAGUCCGGGAUGAGAGCAGCAUUUUGUAA